AUGAGCUUGCACUCGUACCUCGUGCUUGCUCAUCGCGGAAUUUUGUCCGGACUCUGGCUCUGGGCAGUUUCGAAUUUUGUCACUUUUUGUCCAGAUUGGCCCCCAGCUGUAGGGCCUAAAAUCCACAUUUUUUGUCUGGAUCGGGACCAGGGCUUUCCUGCUAUUGCCCGGGGUCCUCACUCCCCUCACAAGCACAGUGCACCAUCUUCGAGAUCGACUCAAUCCCAUGAGCGUCAUGCGCCUUUCUCGCCAUCUGUCACUCCUUCCGAAAUCCUCCACAUUUUUAAUCUUACUAGUAAGGAUAAUGAUGUUCACCUUCGAGCAUCAACAAAUGGCCGACAGCGUGCAGAUCGCGUCAACCUCGUCAUCUGGGAAGUUCUCGGAAAAUUCAGUAUUGCUGGACUUUCUGAGAAAUACAAGACUUACCUUGCAAUGGUUUUGGGUAUUUGGCAUUUUGCAGCCAAAUCCCAUGUCAAUGUCAAGCGUGUUUACAGCCGAUUCGGAAAUAUCGUUAGCGACACAACCGCACGCAAGGCUCUCGACUAUAUGACAGGUUCAAGCCUUGCUACUGUACAAGCCUCCGUCAAGGCUGCGACUGAACGAGGAGAGACGGAGUGGUGCAUCAGAGUGUUGAUCGUAUCAGGUCCUUGA